AUGACCUUCGAUGGCGUUACUCCGCAGCACUAUCCGGCUGAUUCGGAGUCCGGAUAUGAUGAGAAGAAGGUCGAAGAGGAUUCUACACCGCAAUAUGUCGAUGCCUUUGGUGACGAAACUAAUGCGGAGGUUAAGUACAAGACCAUGGAGUGGUGGCAAACCGGAAUGUUCAUGAUUGCCGAGUCUGUCUCUUUGGGUGUUUUAUCUUUGCCAGCAACUCUUGCUCAACUGGGCCUUGCCCCGGCUCUGGUCUUGAUUAUUGGCCUGGGUCUCCUCGCCACCUAUACUGGAUAUGUCAUUGGACAGUUUCACAAGCGCUAUCCCCAUAUUCAAAACCUGGCAGAUGCCGGUGAGGUUUUGAUGGGUCCUAUCGGACGUGAAGUUUUUGGUAUUGGCCAACUGCUGUUCUCCAUCUUCAUCAUGGGAAGCCACAUCCUGACUUUUAGUGUGAUGAUGAACACUAUUACCGAGCAUGGCACUUGCACUAUGGCAUUCACAUUCGUUGGAUUCUUAAUCUGCAUGAUCUGCUCGCUGCCACGUACUAUGAAGAACAUGACUUAUAUCUCUUGUUUGUCAUUCGUCAGUAUCCUCACUGCUGUCAUUAUCACUAUGAUUGCGGUUGGAGUGCAGGAUCAUGGAUAUACUACUCUUCAGGCUACUGUUGAUACAAACCUCUACAAAGCCUUUACCGCUGUGACGAAUAUUGUGUUCGCCUACUGUGCUCAUGUCGCUUUCUUCGGUCUUCUAGCUGAGAUGAGAGACCCUCGGGACUUCCCCAAGGCUCUUUACAUGCUGCAGACCUUUGAGAUUAUCUUUUACACUGUUGCAGCUGUUGUUAUUUACUACUAUGCCGGUCAGGAUGUCACCUCGCCUGCUUUGGGAUCUGCUGGUCCUGUUAUGAAAAAGGUUGCCUACGGCAUUGCUAUCCCUACUAUUGUCGGUGCUGGUGUUGUCAACGGUCAUAUCGGACUUAAAUACAUUUACGUCCGUAUUUUUCGCGGAACCGAUCGCAUGCAUCGCCGCGAUUUCACUUCAUACGGAUCAUGGGUCGCCAUCGGCCUGACAUGCUGGAUUAUCGCCUGGAUUAUCGCCGACGCGAUCCCUGUAUUCAGCGACCUCCUCAGUCUUAUCAGCUCGCUCUUUGCCAGUUGGUUCAGCUACGGUCUCGCUGGUGUUUACUGGCUUCACAUUAACCGGGGCAAGUGGUUCUCUUCUUCACGAAAGAUCGCUCUUACCAUUAUCAAUGUCUUGAUUGUUCUUAUUGGAGCUUGCAUGUGCGGUCUUGGUCUUUACGUCUCUGGUAAGGCGAUUCAUGAUGAUGCAUCUAGCAAUAGCUUCUCUUGCGCUAGUAACACAUAG